GCAGUGCCUCGCUGGUCUCUUCCGGCUCGGGUCUCUCUCCUCCCGGGAGCCUCGGAGGGUGAGUCUUUCUUCCCCCGGGGGGGGGGGAGGGGGAGCCAGUCCCGGGGCCGCGGCCGGGGUGCGCGGGGGACCCCAGGGCAGGAGGGAGCUGAGCAUCUCGGCUCUUCCUCGGGGUCCGGGCGCUGCUUGCCGCCCUGGGUCGGGGGGAAGCGGGCGCGCAAAGAACGAGAGACAAAGCACAUUGAUUAUUAACAGACGGGGUAGCCAGACCGAACCAUUUGGACAUAAAUAGCUAUGCAAAAAAUGGAAACGGAAACCUGAGCCAUGCAAUCCGUAGAGAAAGACGGUCGGAAGAUUGAAGGCGAAGAAAAGAAAGCGCCUCUUCCUGCGGUGAACUCUGGCUCUCCCUCCCGCAGGAGGCAGGAAGGGCCUCCGACCUGGCAAGAAGGACGGAUUGUUAACCCCCGGGGUGGGACGGGGGAAUCUCGCCUAGCAGCUCUCCGCCUGCACAAGACUCCAACAUCAGUGCUGGAACGUAAAUGCAGGCAUGUGAUAUAACAAUCCCACACAUCUGCAGCACGAAGGAUUGAAAUUCCCAACAUUCCGAACUAACCACAUUCCCCAUGAUUCUUUGGAAGCCAUGGCUCUUUCAAGGGGUCUGAUUCUGCUUUGAAGGUACAUUGCAGGUGUGGCCUGGGCGUGCUUUUUUCUUUCUUCUUUGAAUAACUUUUUAUUGAACUUUAUAAACAAGGAUAAUAGAAGUAAUGAAUGAUACCAAUAAUUAGACCAAGUCUUCUCAUGUCAUUUGUAUAUCACAAAAAUAGCAAAAUAAAUCUGCAGGAAUAUCUGCAAUAUAUGCUUCAUUAUGAAUGUUCAACGUUGGAUUCCUUGGUUCGAUUCCUUGGUUCCUGAAUUGGUUUAAACAGAAGCAACAUAGCAUAGCCAAACUCCUAGAGAGGCAAGCUUGUGGUUGCUCUUAGGUUAACUCUCCCCCCCCCCCCUUCAUGUUGCAAAUGGAAGAAUGCUAGAUGCCCUCAUGGUCCCUUCCAACUCUACAAAUCUGUGAUUCUUAAUGGAAAUGUUGGUCUAUUGAUGAGUUGUGGGAGGGAGGCUCAAAGUGAAGAUGAUGAUUUAUGUUUACAUUUAAAUUUAGAUCAAUCAGAUUGAGCCAAAUACUGAUGAUGUGUGUGUUUUCUUUUGUAACCUCAAGGGGCAACAAAACCUCUGCAAAUUCCAGCAGGCAAGUUCCCCACUUUCUUGAGGAUGUAUGUUACUGCUGUUCUUCUUGUUAUUGUUAUCACUAUUUUUACUACUACUCCAUUUAUUAUCCAGGGCGGGAUACAGCAAUUUUUAAAAUCAACAUUAAACAGAGUUGAAGCAAAAUACAGUCACAGGAAUAGGGUGGUCCUGUAAACACAUGUCUGCGGUGUCAGAGGCUUUGGUGAAUAGCGGAAGGUGCCAGAUGUGCCUCUGUGGGAGGGAAUUCCCCAACCAAGGAAUGCCUCUCUUGGGACAUCCCCCUUCCAAAACUCUGAGCGUGGUGAGACUACCAAGACCUCUCCCAAUCCAAAAACAUCCAAUGGGAAUUUUAGAGAAGGAGGUGGUUCUUCAGAUAAUGUGAGCACCUUGAAUGGGGCUCAGAAAUGAACUCACAACCAAUGCAGCAGUUUUAAAAAGCAAGUAAAUGUGUUCUCAGGUAGAAUCAUAGAAUCAUAGAGUUGGAAGAGACCACAAGGGCCAUCGAGUCCAACCCCCUGCCAAGCAGGAAACACCAUCAGAGCACUCCUGACAUAUGGUUGUCAAGCCUCUGCUUAAAGACCUCCAGAGGAGACGACUCCACCACACUCCUUGGCAGCAAAUUCCACUGUCGAACAGCUCUUACUGUCAGGAAGUUCUUCCUAAUGUUUAGGUGGAAUCUUCUUUCUUGUAGUUUGGAUCCAUUGCUCCGUGUCCGCUUCUCUGGAGCAGCAGAAAACAACCUUUCUCCCUCCUCUAUGUGACAUCCUUUUAUAUAUUUGAACAUGGCUAUCAUAUCACCCCUUAACCUCCUCUUCUCCAGGCUAAACAUGCCCAGCUCUCUUAGCCGUUCCUCAUAAGGCAUCGUUUCCAGGCCUUUGACCAUUUUGGUUGCCCUCCUCUGGACACGUUCCAGUUUGUCAAUGUCCUUCUUGAACUGUGGUGCCCAGAACUGGACACAGUACUCCAGGUGAGGUCUGACCAGAGCAGAAUACAGUGGCACUAUUACUUCCCUUGAUCUAAAUGCUAUACUCCUAUUGAUGCACCCCAGAAUUGCAUUGGCUUUUUAGCUGCCGCGUCACACUGUUGGCUCAUGUCAAGUUUGUGGUCAACCAAGACUCCUAGAUCCUUUUCACAUGUACUGCUCUCAAGCCAGGUGUCCCCCAUCUUGUAUUUGUGCCUCUCAUUUUUUUGCCCAAGUGCAAUACUUUACAUUUCUCCCUGUUAAAAUUCAUCUUGUUUGUUUUGGCCCAGUUCUCUAAUCUGUCAAGGUCGUUUUGAAGUGUGAUCCUGUCCUCUGGGGUGUUAGCCACCCCUCCCAAUUUGGUGUCAUCUGCAAAUUUGAUCAGGAUGCCCUUGAGUCCAUCAUCCAAGUCGUUGAUAAAGAUGUUGAAUAAGACCGGGCCCAAGACAGAACCCUGUGGCACCCCACUAGUCACUCUUCUCCAGGAUGAAGAGGAACCAUUGAUGAGCACCCUUUGGGUUCGGUCAGUCAGCCAGUUACAAAUCCACUGAGUGGUAGCAUAGUCAAGACCACAUUUUACCAGCUUCUUUACAAGAAUAUCAUGAGGCACCUUGUCAAAUGCCUUGCUGAAAUCAAGGUAGGCUACAUCCACUGUGUUCCCUUCAUCUACCAGGCUUGUAAUUCUGUCAAAAACGAGAUCAGGUUAGUCUGACAUGACUUAUUUUUCAGAAAUCCAUGCUGACUGUUGGUGAUCACAGCAUUCCUUUCUAGGUGCUCACAGACUGUUUGCUUAAUGAUCUGCUCCAGAAUCUUCCCUGGUAUUGAUGUCAGACUGACUGGGCGGUAAUUAUUUGGGUCCUCUCUUUUCCCCUUUUUGAAAAUAGGGACAACAUUUGCCCUCCUCCAGUCUGCCGGGACUUCGCCUGUUCUCCAGGAAUUCUCAAAGAUGACUGCCAGUGGUUCUGAGAUCACAUCUGCCAGUUCUUUUAAUACUCUUGGAUGCAGUUCAUCUGGCCCUGGAGACUUGAAUACAUCUAAACUAGCCAAGUAUUCUUGUACUAUCUCCUUAGUUAUUCUGGGCUGUGUUUCCUUUGCUGAAUCAUUUGCUCCAAAUUCUUCAGGUUGGGCAUUGUUUUCUUUAUCGGAGAAUAAAGGCAAAGAAGGUCAUUGUGGGGAUUAAAUGAGGAGGGGUGUAUGCCAAGUAGAGCUUUUUGGAGAAAAAGGUGGGAUAUAAAUACAGUUAAUAAAGAGAGCGAGCCCACCAGCUAGCCAAUAAUCUGGUCACUGCAUUUUGGACCAUCUUCCAAGUCCUCCUACAGCGUGGUGUAGUGGUUAAGAGUGGUGGACUCAUAAUCCGGUGAACUGGGUUCGCGUCUCCGCUCCUCCACAUGCAGCUGCUGGGCUAGUCACACUUCUCUGAAGUCUCUCAGCCUCACAGAGUGUUUGUUAUGGGGGAGGAAGGGAAAGGAGAAUGUGAGCCGCUUUGAGACUCCUUAAGGGGAGUGAAAGGUGGGAUAUCAAGUCCAAACUUCUUCCUCCUCCUCCUCUUUUUCUUUUUCUUCUUCUUCUUCUCUUCAAGGAUAGUUUCACACAGAGGGCAUUGCAGUAAUUCAAUCUGAUUCAGAGCAUGGAUUACAAGGGACACCUCGUCACAGUCCCAAAGGGACAGAGAUGGCAAACUAGCCCAGAGCUGGAAAUGGGCACUGCUAGUCCCUGAGGCCACCUGAGCCUCAAGUGACCAUGCUGGAUUCAGGAGGACCCCCAGGCAUAUAUGACUGUGUGUGGGUUAAGCUAUGUCACACCAUCAUCAUCAUCUUCAUCAUCAUCAUUAUUAAUCCACCCUUCACCUUCAGUUCCCAGGGCAGAUUACAACAUUAAAAACCACAUUAAAACCGUUUAAAACAACUUACGAUCUCAGAAAUAAGAUGAGUCUUUCUUUACUUGCUUUUUAGCGCUGUCCCUUGGCUCCACCCCCACGUGCUUUGAACUUACCCCCGUCAUCCUCAGGGGGUUGGCCAGGUAAGUAUCUGGCCCUCAGAACAAAAAAGGGGAGACCCCACACCAGCAGUAUGUUUUGAGAACAUUGGAGUUUCCAAGUGCUAGAAAAUGAGACAGAAACAGGAAAUAAAUGUGUGUUUAACGGGGGAGGACAGGACAGAGAGCAGCUUUUGAGGACCCCAGGUUUAGGACCCCCACCACAGCCUAGUGUCCACAAUGCACUUGGUACUCACUCAUCAGUCGCAGUUCUGACUUCAUGCAUUGACUGAAAGGCAGGAACAAGCGGGGUAUUCAUCUCACAGAAAUGCCCUCAGUUGUCUGCACAUUUUGUAUGGCAACAUUACUUCUAGGAGGGCUAAAGUCUUCCUUUUUCUUUUAGAGAAAGCUCAGAGUCUGUGCUGUGGUGCAGUCCAACCCUGGUUCCUAGUAAGACUCAUCCACGCUUACUCAGGGAACAUUUUUCUUCUCCUGACAGUGUACCAAUUUUAUAACAGAACAAUGCACUUGCUUUGUAGGACUUGCUAGUGCUUCUAAUUGGGACAGACAGAACUUGGCAGAAGAAAAAGGGAUCUCCAGGAGGCUUCAUGAGAGCACAUAUGGAUGAGCAAGACUCAGCUGACCCUGAAGCAGGAAGAGGACAUGCUAUCAAAACUGGGAGCAGUGGGAGUUUCUGGGGAAACUCGCUGCAGAAGGUCCUGGGUGAGGAGGACACCCUCCGCUCAGAGGUGCAGAGCCAGCAGUUCAGGCAGCUCUGUUCCCUGGAGACUGAAGGACCCCGAGAAGUUUGCAACCAAUUUUACCGUCUUGAUGGUCAGUGGCUGAAGCCAGAAAGGCAUACAAAACUUCAGAUGCUGGACCUGGUGAUCAUGGAGCAGUUCCUGGCUGUCCUUCCACUGGAGAUGGAGUGCUGGGUGAGGGAAUGUGGAGCAGAGACCAGUUCCCAGGCAGUGGCCCUGGCUGAAGGUUUUCUCCUGAGUCUGGCAGAGGAGAGAAAGCAGGCAGAGCAGCAGGUGAGAGAGGCUUUCCUCUGGAUGCUCCUAAGGGGCUCCAAACAUGAGGGAGAACAUCCCUAAAUCCCAUCCUUUUUUGGAAAGCAUCCAAGGAAUGCCUCUGCCAUUCCUUUUCCAGUACUUCUCCAACUUCUCUGUUUUAAAUCCUUGUUGCUCUUUCAGGGAAAGGAACUGUUUGCAGAAAACAGUUUCCUGGAUUCCUCAGAGAGGACUCUGUUGGAAACCAGAGAGAGGCUGUUGGGUAAGGAUUGAUGAGUUCUUUCUACAUUUUGGCACAUGCUAUUGAUUUUGAAACUAAUAUAAUGGGUUCUUUGAAUUCUUUUGAGGAAGACAUUUGGGCCCAAGAUGGAGUCUACACACACAUAAAAACUGUUCUGAAAAUGCUUUUUAAAAAAUACAUUGGAAUUUCCAUAAGGCUCACCACCGUCAUUUAGUGUCACAUUGCAUAUUGCACUGAAAACACACUUAAAGCCUUUUAUUUGUGGCUGUGUAGCUGAGUCCCAAGGAGAGGAGAUCCAUUUUUGUAGCAUGAAAAUGUGAAAUGAGUACAAACAUCCAAAUGCACUCAGCAGGCAAGACUUUAUGUAAGGCCCAUCUGAAGUUAGAGCCGUGCUGCUUAGCCUCUGAGAGAAGCAUGCACCUGUGUCUUCCUACUUGCCUUCUUACUUACAGGUGACCAAAUGAUGCCAUCAAGACAUGCUCCUCCAUCUUUUCAUGGUGCUGGAGGGGAAGCAGCGGCUGUGGAACCAGAUCAAGUAGGAGGAAGACGCCUUGUGGGGAAAGAGGCUGAGGGGUGGGGCUGCCUGGGUGCCUCCGGGCCCAAAUGAAUCUCUCCCCCUCCUCUUGCUGCUGUGAAACUGCCCUUAACAAAGUCUGAACAUGCCAUUCCAGAAGAUUUGUGUGCUGUGAAUAAUCAACAGCCACCUCUCCUUAACUAGGUUUUUGAGUGUUGCUAGUAUUAUUUACCGUAUUUUUCGCUCCGUAGGGCGCACUGGACCAUAAGACGCACCUAGUUUUUUUUUGGGGGGGGGGAAUCUUAUUCCCCACCCCAGCCCCAAAGAGCAGUGGACAGGCUUCUGGAGCUGUCAGGUGAAGCCCGGGUUCACUGUCUUGGCUUCGUUUUUAGCCGUGCGCAACCUCUCCUGGCUGGAGAGAUUGUGCGCUGCCUUGGCUUCGUUUUUAGCCAUGGGGCUGGGGCGGGGGAAGCCCGAGCUUCCCCCGACCCCAGCCCCCAGAACAGGUCAGGGAGCGGUGGCAAGGUUGUGCGCAGCCUUGCCUACGCUCCCGGAGCUUGCGGGGCUGGUAGGGGAAGCCCGGGUUCCCGCCCCCCCCCCAGCCCCAGGAACCACACAUUCGCUCCAUAAGAUGCACAGACAUUUCCCCUUAGUUUUUAAGAGGAAAAAAGUGCGUCUUAUGGAGCGAAAAAUAUGGUAUGUUGUUGCACUUUUAUUUAUAUAUUUAUUGUUGAAUGCUAAGACAGGCUUCUAAGCAGUGGCCAGGAGUCCUCUAGCCAGCCACAUCAGUUGCACAAUGGGGCUCAGCUCCCUUUCCUCCCACUCCUUGUGCCCCCAUGCACCCCUUGCAAUUGGCUUUAGGGCAUUGGGAGCCCCCCCCCACCAAGAACAGCGCAUUGGGGAGUGGAGUGGGGAUCUUUCCAUCUGGCAAGCUGGAAUGCUUGCACAGACAGAAGGAUUUGAAGUUCCACCCUAUUACACAAAAUUAAUACCCAUCAUUAAAAUACACAACAAAAAUUCCAUUAAAAUGUUAAAACAAGCUCACAUAAUUGAAAUGUGCAGCAAACCCAUCCAAUUAAAACAACGCAGCAAUUCACAGGCAGAAAAUAGCAGAGCAGUGUACAGUUUAUAUUCUUCAUGCUGUCUAAGAGGACAACCUUUUUCUUUUAGGGUCCAGUGUGCUUUGAAGAUGUUGCUGUUCAUUUCACAGAUGAGGAAUGGGUGUUGCUGGAUCCUGACCAGAGAACUCUGCAUAAGGAAGUCAUGGAGGAGAAUCGUGAGGUCAUGGACUCUCUCAGUAAGACUCCCUCUUGCUUCAUAAUUUCUGUUUUGAUAUUGAGUAUUGUGACAAACCUCCAGUAAUUGGAUGGAGCUCAACAGCACCAUCUGCAGCAUCAAGGAUUCUAACUCCCCAAUGGAGGACUAUCAACUGUUUUGUCUGUGCAUAUUCUCCCUCCAGUUAGGCUUCGGAGCUGUUAGGAAAGUUGAAACAGCUUCUGUCAGGGUUUUUGGUUGACUCAAGAGAAAACUAACAUUGGAGAUGGAGAAGAGUCCAUGAUUGGGCAAAGCAAAAUCCAUCCCAGAAAAGAAUCAGGCUUUAUUGAUCUCAGGUUCCUAUAAAUAUGUCAGUUAAUACAAAGACACUGAACCUUGUAGUAAGACCUGGGUGUUCAUCAGUAUGCAUAUAAUAUCCAGCUCUACCUCUCUUUCAAAUCAGAACCUCGGUCCAGUAUACCUGAAGGAGUGUCUCCACCCCCAUCAUUCUGCCUGGACACUGAGGUCCAGUGCAGAGGGCCUUCUGGAGGUUCCUUCACUGAAAGAAGCCAAGUUACAGAGAACCAGGCAGAGGGCCUUCUCGGUAGUGGCACCUGCCCUGUGGAACACCCUCCCACCAGUUGUCAAAGAGAAAAACAACUACCAGACUUUUAGAAGACAUCUGAAGGCACCCCUGUUUAGGGAAGCUUUUAAUGUUGGACACAUUAUUGUAUUUUAAUAUUUUGUUGGAAGCCGUCCAGGGUGGCUGGUGAAACCCAGCCAGAUGGGCAGGGUAUUAUUAUUAUUAUUAUUAUUAUCAUUAUUAAUACUAAUUAUUAUAAAUAAAUGAAUGAAUAAAUAAUUGUCUAACUCCUUUCUUUUUUCUAUCUCUCACAAGCAUUGAUUAUCAUUGUCCAAUAAUCGGGCUCAGUUUCUUGCUAAGGCUCUAAUCCAUUUCUCUUAUUGUCGCAGGUGCUGAUGAAUUGGAAAUUAAGAACAAGAGAGACCACUGCAAAAUCCACACAGUGGAGAAGCCAUAUAACUAUACGGUGUGUGGAGAAAGCUUCAGUCAGAGCUUCCAUUCCUCUUCCCAUCAAAAAAAUCCCAUUGAGAAGAAACUCUGUCAGUGCUUGAAAUGUGGAAAGAGCUUCAAUUCCAAGAGGAGUCUCACUUCCCAUCAAAAAACUCAUAGCAGGAAAAAAGCAUAUCAGUGCUUGGAAUGUGGAAAAAGCUUCAGUCAAAGCUCCUAUUUCAUUUCCCAUCAAAGAACUCACAGCGGGGAGAGACCAUAUCAUUGCUUGGAAUGUGGAAAGAGCUUCACCUGGAAGGCAAGUCUCACUUCCCAUCAAAUAAUUCAUACAGGGGAGAAACCAUAUCAGUGCUUGGAAUGUGGAAAGCGCUUUAGUCGGAACUUCCAUCUCACUUCCCAUCAAAGAACUCACAGUGGUGAGAAACCGUAUCAGUGCACUGAAUGUGGAAAGAGCUUCAGUCAGAAGGGCCCAUUCACUUCCCAUCAAAGAACUCACAGUGGAGAGAAUCCCUAUCAGUGCUUUGAAUGUGGAAAGAGUUUCACCUGCAAGGAAAGCCUCAUUUCCCAUCAAAGAAUUCAUACAGGGGAGAAACCAUAUCAAUGCUUAGAAUGUGGAAAGAGCUUCACUUGGAAGGUAAAUCUUACUUCCCAUCAAAGAAUUCAUACAGGGGAGAAACCGUAUCAGUGUUUGGAAUGUGGAAAGAGAUUCACCCAGAAGGAAGGUCUCACUUCCCAUCAAAGAAUUCAUACAGGGAAGAAACCAUAUCAGUGCUUAGAAUGUGGAGAGAGCUUCGCCUGGAAAGUAAGUCUCACUUCCCAUCAAAUAAUUCAUACAGGGGAAAAACCAUAUCAAUGUUUGGAAUGUGGAAAGAGCUUCAGUCGGAACUCCCAUCUCACAUCACAUGAAAGAAUUCACAGAGGGGAAGAGCCAUAUCAGUGCUUGGAAUGCGGAAAGAGCUUCAUUCGGAAGGAUAAUCUCAUUUCCCAUCAAAGAAUUCACAGCGGAGAGAAACCCUAUCAGUGCUUGGUAUGUGGAAAGAGCUUUAGUCGGAAAGAAAGUGUCACUUCCCAUCAAAGAAUUCAUACAGGGGAGAAACCAUAUCAAUGUUUGGAAUGUGAAAAGAGCUUCAGUCAGAACACCCAUCUCAUUUCCCAUCAAAGAAUUCAUACAGGGGAGAAACCAUAUCAAUGCUUGGAAUGUGGAAAGAGCUUCAGUAAGAGGGCCCAUCUCACGGCCCAUCAAAGAAUUCACACUGGGGAGAAACCAUAUCAGUGUGUUGAAUGUGGAAACAGCUUCAAUUCCAAGGGGACUCUCACUUCCCAUCAAAGAAUUCAUACAGGGGAGAAACCAUAUCAGUGCUUGGAAUGUGGAAAGAGAUUCAACCAAAAGGAAAAUCUCACUUCCCAUCAAAGAAUUCAUACAGGGGAAAAACCAUAUCAAUGUUUGGAAUGUGGAAAGAGAUUCAGUCGAAAUUCCCAUCGCACUUCCCAUCAAAAAACUCACAGCAGGGAGAAACCAUAUCAGUGCUUGGAAUGUGGAAAGAGAUUCACCUGGAAAGGAAGUCUCACUUCACAUGAAAGAAUUCAUACAGGGGUGAAACCAUUAAAAUGCUUGUGAUGUGGAAACAGCUUCAAUUCCAAGGGGAAUCUCGUGGUCCAUUGAAGAAUUCAUACAGGGGAGAAACCAUAUCAGUGCUUGGAAUGUGGAAAGAACUUCAGUAAGAGCACCAAGCUCACGUCCCAUUAAAUAAUUCACCGUGGGGAGAAUCAUAGAAUUGUAGCAUUGGAAGGGACCCUAAGGUUAAUCUAGUUCAACCUCCUGCAAUGUAAGAAUCUCGGCUGAAGCAUCCAUGACAUGACCACCCAGCCUCUGCUUAAAAUCCUUCAAUGAAGGAGCACCCACCACCCUCUGAGGGAGUCCAUUUCACUGUUUAACAGCUUCUACCACCAGAAAGCUCUUCCUUGAGCUAUUUCCACCAUCUCAGCCUCCUCUUUUCGAGGCUAAACACAGCCAGUUCCCUAAACGAUUCCUCACAAGGCUUGUUUUCCAGACCCUUGAUCAUCUUAACCACCCUCCUCUGCACAUAACUGGACACAGUAUUCCAGGUGUAGUCUGUCCAAGGACUAGUCUGACCUUGAACUGAACACUAUACUUCAGUUGAUGCAGACAUUAGCCUUUUUGACUGCAGCAUCACACUGCUGACUCGUGUCAAGCCAAGUAUUACCCAUUGUAUAUAUGUGCAGCUGAUUAUUCCUGUGUUAGUGCAGAACCUUACAUUUGUCCUUAUUAAAAUUCAUUUAUUGCCUUUUUAUACCUCCUUUUCCUCCAAGGAGUGUUAAAGGUCACAGUCCAUCACACUUCUGCUGCAUGAGUAUAUGUGAUGGGAUUAUGAGCUGCUUGUGCGUAAAAUCGUAUUCCCUCAGAGUUUGUUCAAGUCCACAAACCUCUGUCUGUGACUGAGCCCCUCUGACAUGGCUCCUCUAGUCACUAGAAGAUUCCGACAGUGGUUGCUUUCGUAAUCGCUUCCAACAUAAAAGCUCCUUAACGGAAACACGUCUUCUGGACUCUCUGCGUGACAGUUUCCGGCGAGGAGUGGGUGUCGCUACAGGAGGUCCGGAAACCUCACCACUGUUUUCGCUGGAAGUAUCUCUGAGCCAUCCCCCAGCUCCCUUUCCCUCAGUUCAGCUUCUCUCCCCUACUGGUUUCCUGUUCCGCUGCUGAGUCUCUUCCAACCUGUCUGAGCCCUUUCACCUCCCUCAGUUCAGCUUCUCUCCCCUUGCUGGUUCCCUCUUCAGCUGCUGAAUCUCUUCCAACCUGUCUGAGUCCUUUCACCUCCCUUCCUUCCGAUGGCAGUUCCCUGACAUCCACCUCCCCUCCAGGGCCCCCUUCACCCCCUCUCGCCCCCUCCUCUACGGGCGGUGAGGAGGCAAAACCCGGAAUGAACUUCCUUCAUCUUCCGAUGUCUCGAACACUUCUCUCCACCUGUUGCGGUUCCUGGUCUCGAAGCACUCCUCCUCCUCCGAGUCCAUCUCCCCUUCCCCUUCCGAUUCUGGGAAUCCUUCCAACUCCUCCUCCUCCUCAGUGGUCCCAAAGUAUUCCCUCCGGAACCUCUCCACAGGCUGAGGUUUCCGCGGGAACCUUUGAUGGAACAUUUCUAUCAAUACCUCGUCAUUGAUAUCUUUGGCCAUUACCCACGUGUUUUCUGACUCCGGUUCUCCUUCCCACGCUACCAAAUACUCCACCUGAUUCCCCUUCCACCUGGCAUCAAGGAUUUCUGCCACAUGACUGCUGCAUUCUCUUUCUUCUAUGACCGGUCCCGAGUGGCCAUCCCUUCUCGUCCCCCCUCGUACGGUGACAGUAACGACCUGUGAAAUACUGGGUGCAGUUUCAUGUGGUUGGGUAACCGGAGCCUGAAAGCCACUGGGUUGACCUGUUGAAUGACCUCAAAGGGACCCAACCUCCUGGGUCGUAAUUUCUUACAACCUCCUUUGAACGGCAACCCUCGGGUUGACAGCCACACCCUAUCUCCAACCCUUAUGGUUUCACCUUCCCUUCGGUUCUUGUCUGCCUGCCUCUUGUAUUCUUCCUUCGCCCUUUCUAAGUUGAGUUGGAGCUGACGGUGGAUUGCUUCCAUUUCUUCUACAAAAUGCUCGGCUGCCGGUGCGCUCCAUCUCUCCCCUUCUCCCCUGGGAAAGCCCUGGGAUGACACCCAUAAUUAGCCAAGAAGGGGCUCAUCCCUGUGGACACAUUCUCGGCAUUGUUGUAGGCAAAUUCCGCCAGCGCCAACUUUUCUACCCAGUCAUUCUCUCUGUCAUUGACAUAACACCUCAGGUAUUGCUGGAGGACACCGUUUGCUCUUUCCGCCUGCCCGUUGGUUUCAGGGUGCCGGGCAGUCGAAAAGUUGACCUCCACCUGCAGUAAGCUCAUGAGCUUCCUCCAGAACCUGGAAGUAAAUUGUUUUCCUCGGUCUGAGACCACCCUCAAUGGCACCCCGUGCAACCUAAAAAUGUGUUCUACAAAUAACUUCGCUGUCUCUUCCGCCGUGACUGCAUGCGAGCAAGCUACAAAGUGGCACAUCUUUGUUAGUAGGUCUACCACCACCAUGAUGGCUGUUUUCCCUUUGGACUUCGGCAGAUCAGUCAUAAAAUCUAUCGACACUGCCUCCCAAGGUCGUUCUGGUGUUGGUAAGGGUUCUAAUAGCCCCGCCGGCGCCCGCCUUUCCCCUUUGGCUCGCUGGCACUGCUCGCACCCUCUUACAUACUCACGUACAUCCUCCCUCACCUUAGGCCACCAAAAUUCCCUGGUGACCAACCACAUGGUUUUGUGUUGCCCAAAAUGCCCGCCGUGGGGCUGUCAUGCAACUGCUUGAGUACCCUCCCCUUAAGUCUCCUUCAGGGAUAUACAGUGCCCCUUUGUAAUACAAAGCUCCAUUUCUUUCCUCGAAACCCCUUGAUUCCUCUCCCUCAUCCCUAAGACCUCUGAGCUUAUUCUGGGCGUAUUCAUCAUUCUCUGUUUCUUCUACCAGUUCUCUUUGUCCCACCAAUGCCGCCCCACACACCCAGCGGUCCUCUGGAAUGACAUGUCUCUCUUCGGGUGCUCCCUCCCCCUCCCAAUAUUCAGGUUUGCGUGAGAGAGCGUCCGCCCUAAUGUUCUCUGGGCCUGGCACGUAACAAAUCUCAAAGUUAAAUUUGGAGAAUUCCUGGGCCCAUCUCACUUGCCGUUGGUUGAGCACUCGUGCCGUCCUCCAAUACUCUAGGUUCUUGUGGUCAGUGCACACUUGCACCUUAUGUUGUGCGCCAAUUAGCAGGUGCCUCCAUCUCCGGAACGCCUCAUGAAUGGCUAGUAGUUCUCGGUCAUACACCGUGUAGUUCCUCUCGGAUUUGUUCAGCUUUCGCGAAUAAAAGCACACGGUCUCCAAUCUGACUCCUCCUUCCCUGGCUGGAGAAGCACCGCCCCAACCGCUCUGUCUGAUGCGUCAGUUUCCACUCUCAUCGGUUUUGUAAAUCCACAUGCAGGAGCUGUUGUUCCGAGGCGAAGGCCCUUUUAGUUCCUCAAAUGCUUGCUCCGCCUCCUCCGUCCAAACGAACUUCUUCUUACUGCUGAGACAGUCCGUAAUGGGCGCCGUCAGGUGGGCAAAGUUUGGGAUGAACUUACGAUAGAAGUUCCCAAACCCUAAAAACCUCUGCACAUCCUUCCUUGUUUUGGGUGUUUUCCAUUCCAGUACCGCCUGGACCUUGUCGGGAUCCAUGGCCAACCCCUUGUCAGACAGGCGAUACCCCAGGAAUUCCACCUCCUUGGUAUGAAACUGACACUUCUCCAGUUUCACCCACAGCUGGUUGGCUUGCAGCCUGCUCAACACUUCUCUGACGUCUCUCACAUGCUGCUCCUCAUUCUCAGAAUACACCAACACGUCGUCUAAGAAGGCCACACAAUUCUUGUAAAGCAACGGCCCCAGGACGUGGUUCAUAAACGAUUGAAAUGUUGCGGAGCCUGCUUGUAGACCGAAGGGCAUAACUAAGUAUUCAAAUGCCCCUAAAGGGGUGAACAUGGUGGUUUUCCAUUCAUCCCCCUUCCUUAUUCGUAUCAGGUUGUACGCCCCCCUUAGAUCCAGCUUGGUAAAAAUCUUUCCCUUCCGCACCCUUGUCAAAAUGUCGUCAAUCCUGGGCAUCGGGAAGGCCACUGGUUCUGACACUGCAUUUAAGGCCCUGAAGUCACACACCAGUCUCGGCUUGUUCGUGUUUUUGUCCACAAAAACACUGGGCUGCCCCCCACCGCCCUGGACUCUCUGAUGAACCCUCUCUUCAGGUUCUUGUCAAUGAACUCUCUUAGCUCCUGCAUCUCUCUGUCUGACAUGGCGUACAGCUUGCCUACAGGGAGCUGUGCCCCAGGGAGCAAAUUGAUUUGACAGUCAAAGGCUCUAUGCGGUGGUAGUUGGUCAGCUUCCCUUUCGCUGAAAACGUCGCGGAGAUCUGCGUAUUGUCGUGGUACCUUCACGUUCUCCGUCACUUCAGUCCCUGCUAGAGUGGCUUGGGCCCCUGCCAAAACCCUUCCCUCUUUGCAAUGUUCUAAGCAAUGUGCUGACCCAAAAGAAACCACUCUUUGAUGCCAGCCCACCAGCGGAUCAUGUAACGCUAGCCAGCUCAUCCCCAAUAUAAUGGGAGCUCCUCCCAAGGUGGCCACAUUAAAUGCUAUUAGUUCGGUGUGCCUUGCCACCUUCAUUAUCAUUGGGACGGUCUGCAAGCUGACUUCUCCUCCCAACAGCUCCCUGCCAUCGAUCGUGGUUACCUGCAGGGGUUGCUUAAAGGGAGCGUCUGUAUCUGGUGUUCAGCUGCAAACUCUUUGCUCAUGAAAUUGCAGGAGCUGCCUGAGUCCAACAGCGCCUUAAUCUUUAGAGGGUGUCCGUUUGGCAGCUCUAGUGUCACUUCUAUCACUAGGGCGGGUUUAGGAGGUUCUGGAGUGGGCACUUUCACUGCUCUUUGGCCUGGCUGCUGUGCCCCGACAAUGGCAGCCAGGCGUUGGCUUUUAGUUGCUCCGGUAUUUUUCCUCUCUUCCCUCCACAGCUCCCACCAUCCCUUGCCAUUCCUUCCUCUGGGGGCAGACUCUGGCAAAGUGCCCUGGCUGUUGGCAGAGAUAGCAUUUCCGGGCGCCUUUUCCAUCCUUCUUUCCCCCUCACUGGGCUUUGAAACUGCGCGCGCGCGCUGUUCCGAUUUCCAUCGGCUCUGCCGGCGGGACAGUUGGCUCUGGAAUGUCUGGAAUGCGGAACUCCUUCCAACGUUCCCCUUUCCCUUCCCGCCUCUCCAAUGCUCUCGCCUCCUGGCGCGCUCCUAUGGCCAGCGCUGAUUUGGUCAGCUGGUCCAUAGACUCCGCCCUGGGCGCCCGGGAAAGUUCAUCUUUCACAGCCGAAGAAAGCCCUUCUUCAAAGAGCAUUUGAAUGGGUUCCGCCGAUAAGUCCCACCCCAAUCUGUGUAUCAGCAUGGUGAACUCAGUCCAGUACUCACGUACAGAUCGGCUCCCCUGUUUGCAAGCCAUUAACUGUCUGCGCACCACUCCCUUUUCAAUAUCGCUGGAAAACAUCAAAUCCAUGGCGCGAAAGAACUUCAUUGUGUCCUUUAGGACGUCACUAUGCGCUGCCAUCAGGGGUCUCACCCAGUCUCUCGCCCCCUUUUCAAGAUGCCCAAUCACAAAAGCCACUCGUGAUUCCUCAUCAGGAAAUCAUCAAACUGCAGAUUGAGGGCAUAUUGCAUUUCUGUCCGAAAGCUAUGAUAGUCUUUGGGCUCCCCCCCAAAUUUCUGCACCAAUCCUGGUACCUUUCUGGCGAGCUGGGUGGCUUUCUCCCUUUGUCUGCAUCUUGCGCCCUCCUCUCCUCCAGCCUCGCCGUCUGCAGCGCCAGCUGGACCUCCAACACCCGGUACCUUUCUUCCAGGCUUGGACCCGCUCCAGCCCCUGCUUCUCCGGUUCCUGCUGGGUUGCUCAUUAUGCCUUCUCCUGCACAAGCUGCGUUCAAAGACUGUCGGAAUGCUGUGAUGGGAUUAUGAGCUGCUUGUGCGUAAAAUCGUAUUCCCUCAGAGUUUGUUCAAGUCCACAAACCUCUGUCUGUGACUGAGCCCCUCUGACAUGGCUCCUCUAGUCACUAGAAGAUUCCGACAGUGGUUGCUUUCGUAAUCGCUUCCAACAUAAAAGCUCCUUAACGGAAACACGUCUUCUGGACUCUCUGCGUGACAGUUUCCGGCGAGGAGUGGGUGUCGCUACAGGAGGUCCGGAAACCUCACCACUGUUUUCGCUGGAAGUAUCUCUGAGCCAUCCCCCCAGCUCCCUUUCCCUCAGUUCAGCUUCUCCCCCCCUACUGGUUUCCUGUUCCGCUGCUGAGUCUCUUCCAACCUGUCUGAGCCCUUUCACCUCCCUCAGUUCAGCUUCUCUCCCCUUGCUGGUUCCCUCUUCAGCUGCUGAAUCUCUUCCAACCUGUCUGAGUCCUUUCACCUCCCUUCCUUCCGAUGGCAGUUCCCUGACAGUAUACUUAUGUGUAGGCACCUUGUUAGCAGCUUUCAGUCCUUCUGCUGAGUUUCUGGAAGCAGUCGUCAGCAGUUGAAGCUACACUUUGAGAAGAAACAUUCACAGACACCAUAAAACUCAGUCAAGUGUUUUAUUGCUUGACUGGUCAUAAAUGCUUCACGGUAACACUAUUUACAAUCAUUAUAGCAAGAGCUGUAACGUCAUACUUAAGUCUCACUCUUUCUUUUUAGCAGCGAGAUGCAGGCAGACACAGUCUAUAGGCAGUCAUGACACAACAGUUUGUAGACAGCAUUUGUUGGUCAGUUGUUUGCAAAAGGAAAAAACAAAAGUUCUACUUUUAUCAGCACUUCCAGCUGAAGCUGCGCAUGCUCAGAGUGCCAAUCCCACUUAUAUAUGAUUGUUCUGGAAUCUUUUCCCUGCUUCUGGAUGAAUGACCCCCCCAACUCAGUCAUAUAUAAAUAGAAGGUAUAAUGGCUCGGGCUCGGGUUCAGGCACGGGUGGGCUUGGCGCAGUGGCGGCGGACGGAGGGGGGAGGAGGUGAGCUUGCAAUCACCUAAAAAAAGCUCACUGCUGGUGAUGUUUAAAUAUACAAUACUAAAAAUACCAGUGUUUUGAAUAUUUAAGAAAAUAUCAAAGUUUUGUUUGAUGUUUAAAAAUUUGAUUUC